AUGCAGUGGUGCUUCGUUCUCGCUCUGCGCCGCUGUUGCUUCCGAGAGUCGAAGAAUCAAUACGACAUCUUCUUUAGAACAUCCCGAAAUUAUCAAGAGUCCCUCGCAUCGACGCCACAGACUGUCGAGCGAGAACACCAUGCUCGACCGCCUGGUGAGGCCAUGACAGCCUCGACGGAGCACUCAGGAGCCUGGAAGACCUAUAUCGCCAAUCGAGCUGGCAGCCGGAAAGGAAGCCGUCCGACCACGUCGAGACCGAAAGUCUACUUUCCACCUCGAAUGAACCUAGAGGAAAGUCUCUGGCACGAAGAGAAGAGCUCAGAUGAACCGAGAUGUGUAGCAGAUGCAGCAAGCUGGGUCGAAUACCGUCAGGCGAAGUUCGGAGUGAUCGCAAGCAAAGCUGCAGAGGACACAAACAACGCACGAACCUUCCGCUAG